AUGGGGGAGACCCCGCCGCGGUGGAGGAGAGCCCAGGAGACAGCGCAGGAUGCCCGGGGGAUGGAGAGCAGCGGGGUGGUCCUGCCCCGGAGCGCUGCCACUGAGCUGGGACUCCCGGGCUACCAGGAGCCUGGCAAGCUGAGCUACAACACGGAGAAGGGCUGUCCCUGGAGGGGCUCCGAGGGAUGCUUGCGGCCAGGCCAGGAGCUUGCUGGCAGCCAGCUGGGCUGUCCCUGCCCGCCAGCCCCGCCGUGCCUGCGGGAUGCCCUGUGCCACCCCAAGGACGGAGCCAAGCUCCCGCCGCUGCUGCCACCGCCCAGGAACGGGCAGCCCAAGGCGGGCUGGGCUGAGCCCUGCAAGGAGCGCACUGGACCGCGGUGGGCUGAGGCCGUGCUGGCCCCCCUGGCCCUUUACAGCCACACGUACCACCGCUACCCCCUGCCCUUCCCAGGGCUGGAGACCUGGCACCCUGGCACCGCCGGCAAGCCCCGCGCUGCUGCAGGGGACGGGACCAGUGACCCCCCGGCUUUCCACCACUGCCCCUUCCUUGUGGAGGCCAAGCACAGCCCCUUCCUCCUGUCCUCGCUGCUGCCCACGGGACCCCCAGCUGAGCCCCCGUUUGGCAGUGAGGGGCCGGAGGGACCAAGGGCAGUGGGUGACGGGCGCUUUGCCAGCAUGGAUUGGCGCCUGGGCUCCUACGCGCCCACCUGGGGCCAGCCCCUCUACCUGGGGCUCCCACCGAGGUGCAAGGUGGCUCCGGCUCCCUUCGACGACUGCUCCAGCUCAGGGAACAAGGAGUUUUACGUGAAGAAAGAACCCAGCUUCCACCCCCCGGCCAAGGACCAAGCGUCAUCGCAGCUGCUGGGCAAGGGCCAGGCAGGGCAGGAUGGAGACGGGGAGGGGGAGCCGGCAGUGCUGGAGCUACCGGGAGCCCCGUGGAGGGAUGGCCGAGCGGCGGGCAGCUCUGAGCCCAAAGACGAGCGCCUGGCAUACCAAAGCCUCCAGCCCGGCUUGCCACCAGGACCGGGGGAGCCCAACCCAUCGCCUCCGCUCACGGAUGGGAACUACCUACCGGCCCUUGCCAAGCCAGAGCCACCCCCGACUUGCCUCUGCACUGCGCCGGGCUGCAAUGGGUGCCCAGAGGUAGGCUGUGGGGCGCUCGGCCCCUUCGAGCCCACCCUGAGCAUCCCCGGGGGCCGUUUUCCAUGCCCACCCAGCAACCACACCAAGCUGAAGAAGACCUGGCUGACACGGCACUCGGAGCAGUCGCUGCCGCACUGCAAGGCUCCCCAGUGGGACGGUGGCUCCGAGCCAGCCGGUGAGGGCAAGCGCUCGGCCAAGCGCCCACACGGCACCGCCGAUGGACCCCGCGCUGCUGGCGAGGGCGCGGGGGCAGCCAAGAGGGGCACGAAGGCCACCGAGCAGAUGGCCGCAGUGUGCCUGGGUGAUGGCAUGGAGAGCGGAGGGGACCCAGAGGAGAGGAGGAUGGAGCUGGGAGAGGGAGACCCACCGAGCCGCACGGGCCCAGAGCCGCAGGACCCGUGGUGCCUGCAGAGCGUGCCCUGCACUGCCCUGCCCGAGACCAUCCCACGGUGCUGUGCCUGCGCCGCCCGGGCCACGGGGGACCCCGAGGGUGAGGAGGAGGAGGAGGAUCCCCCCGAGAGCACCUGCAGGCUGCUGCACUUCCGCAGGUUUGCCUUCGGGGACGGCGGGGAGCUGAGCGUCGAUGGCUUCUGCACCCUGGGGGAGGCGGAGGGGGAGACGCUGCGGCUGGAGGCGGCCAGCCCCGAGCGAGGGAGCAGCAGUGCGGGCAGCAGCCUCUGCCUGGCCAAGUACCUGCUGGGGGUCCUGGGGGACCCCUUCUGCCAGGCCGUCUGCAGGGACAGGGACACGUGGCCGGGAGCCCCCGGCGGGCCCGAGGGGGUGACGGCCUGGAGGCGGGGGGAAGGAGCCUCUCAGCUCUGCGACGCCUGCCAGCGCGGCUUCUUCAACUCCCACUGGAGCUGCGCCAGAUGUGGCUUCCAGCUGUGCCCCGACUGCCACCGCAGCAGGCGGGAGGCUGACGGCCAUGAGGGUCCGGCGUGGCCACCUGAGUGCAUCCCCGGGCAAGACCACCGUGUCGCAUCCCUCAUCCCCACGCAGUUCGUCCCCACCCGCGUCCUGACCCGGCUCUGGAAGCUGCUGCACCAGGUCCGGGCCAAGUUUGGCGUCGAGUCGCACUGUCCCUGCGGGGAGCGGGCUGCGGAGCAGAGCCCGGUGGAGCCUCCACAGAGCAGCCAGGGUGUCCCGGGGGCCGCGGUGCCCACCCUCACACCCAGCAGCGAUGGCCAAACCGACUCCUCCCGGCCCAUCAAGGAAGAGAGCCCCGAGGGGGGCCCACCAUCGCCGGGGCAGCCGCCCCCCCGGGGGGCCAUGCAGACUGUCACCCUCUGCGACCUCCUCGCCUCCACCGCCGUCAAGCUGUGCCUGGGGCAGGACGGGGUGCGCAUGGCCUUCGCCCCCGUCUCGCCCGCCUUGCCCAGCGAGGGCUGGGGGGGCCGGGGUGGGCUGAUGGGGCUCCCCUCUUACGACCCCCCCCAGUCCCCCUGCGGGCUGCUCUGGCUGGACGACCCCGGCCACGCCACCAACUACAAGCUCUUCCAGGAGCACUGGCGGCAGGGCCAGGUGAGCCCCCUGCCCCCGGGGGUGCGUGAUGGCACCGCGGACCCCCCCAGCCCUGCUGAGCCCCGGCUGCCCCGGCAGCCUGUCCUUGUUUCAGGGCUACAGAAGAGGCUGGAGGGGCGGUUGUGGGGGCCAGGGGCCUUCUGCCCAGCCGGGGGGGAGCAGGCAGUGGAGGUGGUGAACCUGCGGGCACCCGUGAGCCGUGUCAGGAUGAGCAGACAGGAGUUUUGGGAUGGCUUCGCUGCCAGCGUGGCAUCCCUGGAGCAAGAGCAGGGCGGUGGGGACCUGCUGAAGCUGGAGAGUGGCUUUGGGGACAGGGACCUGUGCCGGGCUGCCAACCUGAGCGCCAGCCUGCCGCUGCCGGAGUACUGCGGGCCCACUGGCCGCCUCAACCUGGCCACCUACCUGCAGGGCCAGCGGGGCCGGCGCUGGCUGCGCCCACGCGUCUGCGUGGCUUAUGGCGUGCAUCCCCAGGACCGGACCAUCGGGACCAAAAACCUGACGGUGGAGGCAGCCGACUCCAUCAGCGCUCCGGCGGGGGAGCUGGAUGCGGUGCUGGGGGGCGGCGGCUGGGACGUGAGGGUGAGCUUUGAGGGUCCCCACCCACCCGCCGGCCCCAUCCGCCUGGGGAGGAACGCCUGCUACGUCGUCCUGGCCGUGCUCUUCAAUGAGGAGGACAGGGUGCUGCUGGUGCAGGAGGCCAAGCCCGAGUGCCGCGGGAAGUGGUACCUGCCGGCCGGGAGGAUGGAGCCUGGCGAGAGCAUCGUGGCCGCCAUGCGGAGGGAGGUGAAGGAGGAGACGGGGCUGGAGUGCGAACCCCUCACCUUGCUGGCGCUGGAGGAGAGGGGGCCGGCGUGGAUCCGCUUCGCCUUCCUCGCGCGCCCCACCGGCGGGACCCUGAAGACCCUGGAGGAGGCUGACGCCGAGUCCCUGCAAGCGGCGUGGUGGGCUGGGGACCCCUCCGCGCUGCCGCUGCGAGCCCCGGACAUCCUGCCCUUGCUGGACCUCGCCGCUCGUUACCGCCGCAGCCCCCCGCACCCUCCCACGCUGCCGCAGGAGCUGCCCUGCACCCUGCUCUGCUUGCGGCUCCUGGUGGCCUUUGCCAAUGACGCCGAGGACCUUUGGGUGCUGCUGGGCACGGCCGGGACCCCCCACCUGCCCGUGGUGGCCUGCGGCACGUCCCCGGCUGAGCUCCGCAGGGGUCUCCGCCUCCCUGCGCUGCGGCUGCUGCGGGACUGCCUGCCACCGGACCCCUGCCCCGGACCCCUGGGGCUGCUGGGGCUGCAGCACCGGGCUGGGGGUCCCGGGGGGGGCGAUGGUAUUUGCUUCAACAUGCUGCUGAGCAUCCCACCUGGCAGUGCCAGGGCUGCUCCCCCCGAGCCCCGCAGCCCUGCUUUCCACUGGUGGCGAGUGGAGGAGGAGAGCCUGAGGGGCAGGAUCCUGCAGCGGCUCCAUGCUGCGGCCACGGUGCCUGUCCGCAGCUAG